UAACACUUUGUCACGAAAAGGUCAAAGAAAGAGAUGGGGUGAAAUAAGAUCAGUGAGUGGUAUUUCUGUGGAAAGAGGGUUGAGGUAACGUUGAAGGGAAGACGGCCUCCAGAAGGCUGCAGCCGAUGGUUCUGAUGCUGAGGGGAAGAUGCAGAAGCUGAGGAACUAUUUGAAACCAGUGGCGUGCGGCUGUGAUGUACAUGAUCCACGCAGCGGAAACUGACACUAGGGAAAUGGCAGCCCCCAGGGAGCGGAGACUCCCCGCGGGACGUCCCCACGUGAUGGGCUGGCCCGAUUGCAGCGCCGGAUCCGAGCAACAUUGGCUGCCGGGGCUGCGGCUGCCGGGCAACAUGUGGGCGAUGAGUGUGGCCGCGCUAUUCCUUUGUGCCAGCGUCCUUCCCGCUCCCAGCGCGGAGCAGCGUCAGCGCCAGCGACGGGAUUGGCUGCAGAAGUUGAAUUUCCAUUUUCCAAAGCAGAAGAGUGAGAGAAAGCAGUCGCUGUCAUUGGUCAAUGAUCUGUUCCGGUCGACAGUUCCUAUAUUCCGUCUCAGUGCUGAAGAAGGGACAGGUCUGCAGAACCCUCUCCGAUGUGGUGUCCCCGAUCCACCCCCAGGGAAAUAUGGCCGCAGAUGGCAUGGCAACACCAAACGGCGGAGACGAUUUGUAAUUGCAGGAGGAAGAUGGAAGAAAACUGACCUGACCUACAAAAUUGUACGUUUUCCUUGGCAACUCAAUCAAGUGAAAGUAAGGCGUAUUAUUGCUGAAGCAGUGAGCGUGUGGAGUGAUGUAACUCCCUUAACAUUCACAGAGGUACAGGAUGGAAGUGCUGACAUCAUCAUUGAGUUUACAAGGUACUGGCAUGGAGAUCACCUGCCGUUUGAUGGCCCUGGUGGGGUCCUGGCCCAUGCCUUCUACCCUCAAACUCCUCAGGCAGGAGAAAUUCACUUUGACUAUGAGGAACUGUGGACCACUGACAGUGACAAGGGUAUUGAUCUCCUGCAUGUAGCAGCUCACGAGUUUGGCCAUGUCCUCGGUCUGCAGCACUCACAAGACUCAAAAUCUUUGAUGGCGCCUUUCUACACUUUCCGUUACCCAUUAAGGUUGGCAGAGGACGACAAGCAAGGGAUACAGUACUUGUACGGCCGGUCUCACCACACAGGAGUCAAUUUCUUCAAUCCGGACAUUGAAAUCAAUGAGUUGCCUAGUCUUCACCCUCUGGGAAAAGAGCCAGCUGCAUGUGAGACAGACUUUGAUGCAGUCUCAAUGAUCCGUGGGGAGCUCUUCUUUUUUAAAUCCAAAUAUGUGUGGAGAUUGAGAAAUCGACAGCUUCAGCCCGGCUACCCAGCGCUGGCCUCCCAGCAUUGGUGGGAAUUCCCUGACCAUAUCAACGCAGGGUUCGAGGAUGCCAAUGGCAAUUUCUGGAUCUUUCAAGGCUCCAAUUACUGGAUCUAUGAUGGAGAAAAGAGAGUACUGGGCCCCAGGUUGAUCUCCGACUUGGGACUUCCUGUGAGAGGUGUGCAGGCUGCUCUGAUGUGGGGUGAAGAGCAGAAUAAGAUCUAUCUCUUUGAAGGCAAUUAUUAUUGGAAACUCAAUGUCAACACAAAUUCUGUGGAGAGUAUUUACCCACACAGUACCAGUGAUUGGCAAGGUCUUCCUCCCAGCAUUGAUGGGGCAUUCCAGGAUAAGCACGGCUAUGCUUACUUUCUUCGAGGAAGGAAUUACUGGAUGUUUGACGCUGUUCAAGUUAAGAUACAAGAAGACUACCCAAGGCUGAUAGGCCAAGACUUUUUUGGAUGUCCUGCUUCAUUCGGUUAUACACGUGGCUCUUCAGUUUGAAGCUCCCGUGUCUGCCUUUCCAAUACUGAUCAUGAGCUUCCUAUUUACUCUUCACUCUGGAUGUUUCUAUUCCCCACUUACUUUUCUGGGAUUUGUUAUAUACAAUGAGCCAAAUUAGAUUGACCCUUGUGGUUCAACAAGAUGGAAGGAGGAUUCAGUACAAUUGAAUGUUGGAAGGAAAGCUCACCUAUGUAAAAGAGCUCUCUUCAUUCUUUCCUCAUCCACCCACCAAAGUACAAAAUCCACAGUUCUGACUGAUCUCAAGUUUGCCCAUCAAAAAAAAAAAGAAUAUCCACUUGAUAAUUUUUCUCUUUUUUCCCCAGGGUGGAAAUGUCCAACACUAGAUGGUACAGCUAUAAAGUGAAAGGGGAAAAAGAGUAAUGCAGAUGUGUGGGGCAAGUUAUAUAUUUUUUACACUGAGUGGUGGGGGUCUGGAACGCAUUGCCAGGGGUGGUGGUGGUGGAUGCAGAUACGAUAGUGGCGUUUAAGAUGCUUUUAGAUAGGCACAUAGAAAUGCAGGAAUUUGAGGGAUAUGGAUCUGUAAAGGCAGAUGAGAUCAAUGUUCAUCAUGUGGCAUCAUGUUCAGCACAAACAUUGUGGACCAAAGGACUUGUUCCUGUAUAUGUACUUUAGACUUGAGAGAUACAGUACAAACAGAUCCUACGGGCCAUUGAGUUUGUGCCGACCAGUAAUCACUCCAAACACUAAAACUAUCUUGCACACUAGGGACAAGUUACAAUUUUACUGAAGCCAAUUAACCUAAAGCCUAUAUGUCUUUGGACUGUGGUAGGAAACCGGAACACCCGGAGGACUGUUGUUCUAUAUACUGUUCUGUGCUCAAACUGAUAAAUAAUUUAAUGAUAGGCCUCGUCACCUUAGCGGCACAUUAUACAUCAACUGUACCACAGAGGGUCUUGCAGCAGGGGAAAAGGCCUUUAACCCACUGAGCUUGUGCUGUCCACCAAGCCCACAUUGCACAAAUACCAUUUUAUUUUCCAUACAUUCCCAACUAGCCCUUUAUUCGACCACUCACCUACAUACCGUGAGCGAUUUACAGUGGUCAAUUAGCCACAGAACGCACACAAAUUUGGAUUUGGGGGAAAUUAGAAUAACUGGAGGAAACCCAAAUGGCUACAGGGAGAAUGUUCAAACACCGGGUUCAAUCCUGAGCCAUGCUCUGAGGUAGAGGCUACUGUGUUGCCCCUAAUGUUAACAUUAUUUUGGUUCUGGAGUAACAUUCGUGAGGGAAGGACUACACUGCUUAUGUAAAGGCUUAAAUGUGAUUUAGAAGAUACCCAUCUUGGUCCCACCACAAGGGCCUACACAGAUACAGGAAUGAUGGGAGGAACGGACUCGCCUGCUGAGUGGUCAGAAGGUCAACGUGGGCUACUUUGUCGGAUUGUCAGGUGGGAAUGUUCAAAAAGCAGAAUUCAAAUUGCGUUUGGUCAAAUUCUCCUCUGAGAUCAGGGCAGGGCUAUCAGAAGAUAAGACACAAGGUUGGUCCACUGUAUUUUCUUGCAAACCCUCCAGCAACAUGACUGCUACUUAAAAUGUAAUGAUUUAAUAGGAGUUUCAUGGGAACCUCUUGUUUCAUUCAGUAGUUUCUACCCUCCUAUACUAAGCCGCAGAAUUGGUACAGGACUCAAUCUAAGCUUUGCAUGUGUCAUCCAAAAUUUUAAAAGUUGUGCUUUGGCAGUGAACCAGGAGCAGCAUUGAGAAACAUCACAGUGCAGGUGUUCCCUCACAGAAAAGUGACAAAAGGUUAGAAAGUCCAAACCCCCCCUCCUAUAAUCCGGACAUAAUUACGAGAGCUCAGUUGAAAUUCUAUCAAUGGCCACAGGUGGCAUUGCCCAUGGCGAGCACACUUGGAUAGUGUCUGUCCGUCGCAAAAGAGUUAUUUGUUUACAUCUAAAUAAAAUAUUCCUUGGCCUAG